AUGGCAGUCACAGUGAGAACUUUGCAGGAGCAGCUAGAAAAAGCUAAGGAGAGCUUAAAAAAUGUAGAUGAGACUAUCCGAAAACUCACGGGCCAGGAUCCUAAUGAUGUGAGACCCAUCCAUGCUAGAUUGCUGGCCCUCUCAGGCCCUGGCGGAGGUAGGGGUCGUGGUAAUUUAUUGCUAAGGCAUGGAUUCUCAGAUAGUGGAGGAGGACCCCCAGCCAAACAGAGAGAUCUUGAAGGGGCAGUCAGUAGGCUGGGAGGAGAGCGUCAGACAAGAAGAGAAUCACGCCAAGAAAGUGAUGCAGAGGAUGAUAAUGUCAAAAAACCAGCAUUGCAGUCUUCAGUUGUAGCUACCUCCAAAGAGCGCACACGUCAAGACCUUAUUCAGGAUCAAAAUAUGGAUGAAAAGGGAAAACAAAGGAAUCAACGUAUAUUUGGCUUGUUAAUGGGUACCCUUCAGAAAUUUAAGCAGGAAUCAACUGUAGCUACAGAAAGGCAAAAGAGGCGUCAAGAAAUUGAACAAAAGCUUGAAGUGCAAGCCGAAGAAGAAAGAAAACAAUUUGAAAAUGAAAGGAGAGAACUUUUUGAAGAAAGACAUGCUAAAGAGACAGAACUACAACUUUUGGAACUAAAGGUUGAACUUGCUCAGUUGCAAGAAGAAUGGAAUGAGCAUCAUUCUAAGAUAAUUAAACAUAUAAGAACUAAAACAAAGCCCCAUUUGUUCUAUAUUCCUGGAAGAAUGUGUCCAGCUACACAAAAGCAGAUAGAAGAGUCACAGAGAAAAAUGAACGCUAUGUUUGAAAGUAGACACAAUGAAUUUGCUGAACAAAUAAAUAAAAUGGAGGCUAGGCCUAGAAGACAAUCAAUGAAGGUAAAAGAACCUCAGGUGGUGCAUAAUGAAGAACAGAAGGCAGAGCAAGAAGAGGGUAAGGUGGCUCAGCGUGAGGAAGAGAUGGAGGAGACAGGAAAUGCUAAUGUUCCAGAAAUUGAAAAUGAAUCUGAAGAGAAACAAGAGAGAUCAGAACAAAAGAGAAAAGUCAUAAGAGAGAAAAAAAUAGAAGAAAAAAGUAAAAAGAGUGUGUUUUCCUACUAUUUCAGUAUGUAUGAUCCACAUUUAGUUUCCAUAGUUCUCUCUUAG